AAACCUCGGAGAUGCCGCUCCGCUGGCCGGGGGCCGCCUGGCUGCUGGGGCUGCUGGGGCUGCUGGUGCCCGCGCCGGGCUGGGAGCUACGCCUCGCCGGCGGCCGAGGAGCCGGACCCGGCGACCUGUUGCUGGACCUCUCGCUGGAGCCGCAGUGGCACUGCGCGCUGGACCCGGCUCGGACGGCCCGUCAGCUGAGCGAAGCCGUCGAGGUGACGCGCGGCGGGCUGGUGCGGAGGACCGCCAAGCGCCUCUCCUGCGCCUCCUUCGCGCGCAACCCGCUGCCGCUCCACUUGCGCCUCGAGUCCCCCCGCGACGGCGGCCUCCUCUCGCUUCGCCUGGUGGCUUCCUUGCACGGCCCCGGCUGCCCCAGCGUGGCCCUUGAGCGGACUCCCUCUCGCCUCGUCAUCUUCUCGGUCAGCCACCUGCCCGCGCUUCUUUGCCCCCGGGGCUCCCCUCCGAGCGAUGGGAGGCGAGUGAUUUCUGCCCUCGCAGCCUUGACCAGCUUCCCACAGUGCCAGUGUCCAGAUGGCCUCCCCUUGGCUUGCAGGGCGGGGAGGGAAGGGUGCCCCCAGCCCCCAGGCGAAAACCCGCUGGAGCUUCUUUGUUACCUAAGGAGAACCCGAGGGGACCUCUUGGUAGAGCUGGGGUCGGUGAGGAAGGAGGUGGCAGGAGAGGAAAGGCAGGAGAAGUUGAGGGUGGAGAGAAGUAGGGACGGUCCAUUUGGGGCAGAGAGUGAAGCUGGCUGGGAGUCUUCUCGGCAUCAGAAUACCAGGAGGUUGAGGAGUGUGAACAGCCCACCACAGUUCAAGCUGCCCAACUAUCAAGUGUCAAUUGCGGAGAACCAGCCUCCUGGCACCAGGGUCAUCACGCUGGAAGCCUACGACCCUGAUGAUGGGGAGGCUGGUCGACUGACAUAUUCCAUGGAGGCGUUCUUUGACAAGCGGUCCGAUGAUUACUUCUCCAUUGACCCUGAGAAGGGAGUAGUGGUCACCUCUCGUAGCCUGGACCGGGAGACAAAGGAUACUCACGUGCUUCAAGUCACUGCAGUGGACCACGGCUCCCCUCGGCCUCGGUCAGCCAUCACCUUCCUGACUGUGACUGUGAGCGACACCAAUGAUCACGGUCCCGUGUUUGAACAACCUGAAUACCGAGAGAACAUCCGAGAGAAUCUUGAAGUGGGUUAUGAGGUGCUGACUAUUCGUGCCACAGAUGAGGAUGCCCCAGACAAUGCUAACUUGUUCUACCGUUUCCUGAAGCCUGGUGUUGGAGAGGGAGUCUUUGAGAUUGACCCACACUCUGGUGUUGUGAGGACUUGUGCCCCUGUGGACCGAGAGGAGAUCUCAGAAUAUCAUCUCGUAGUGGAAGCCAAUGACCAGGGCAAAGACCCAGGUCCUCGCAGUGCCACAGUCACAGUACAUAUCAUGGUGGAAGAUGAAAAUGACAAUUCUCCACAGUUCAGUGAGAAACGCUACUUAGUGCAGAUUCCAGAGGAUACAACAAUAAACAGUCAGGUUCUGCAGGUACAAGCCUCUGACAGAGAUCGAGGUAGCAAUGCCCAGGUGCACUAUAGCAUUGUGAGUGGGAAUCUCAAAGGCCAGUUUUAUAUCCAUUCUUUUUCUGGCUCUAUUGACUUGAUCAACCCCCUAGACUAUGAGACCAUUAGAGAAUAUAACUUGAGGAUAAAAGCCCAGGAUGGUGGGAGGCCUCCACAAAUCAAUUCUAGUGGGAUGGUGUCCAUUCAAGUGUUAGAUGUAAAUGAUAAUGCCCCAAUCUUUGUAAGCACUCCUUUUCAAGCCACAGUGCUAGAGAAUGUCCCACUGGGUUACUCAGUUUUACACAUACAGGCAGUAGAUGCAGACUCUGGAGAUAACGCCCGCUUGGAAUACAAACUUGAACUGUUUCAUCCUUCUGCUCCAGUGCCCCCAAGUUGGGACGCUGGUUUCCCCUUCCAGAUCAACAACAGUACUGGGUGGAUUAUAGUUUCAGCUGAGCUUGACCGGGAGACUGUGGAGAGCUACCAUUUUGGGGUGGAGGCCAGAGACCAUGGAGUGCCUGUCAUGAGUUCCUCAGCCAGUGUCUCUAUCACCGUUCUUGAUGUCAAUGAUAACAGCCCUAUGUUUACAGAAAAAGUUUAUCAGCUCAGGCUUAAUGAAGAUGCAGCAGUAGGCAGCAGUGUCUUGACUUUGACAGCAGUGGACCGGGAUGUCAACAGUGUGGUGACUUACCAGAUCACUAGUGGCAACACAAGGAACCGCUUUGCCAUCACUAGUCAGAGUGCAGGUGGGCUGAUCACCUUGUCUUUGCCCCUGGAUUAUAAACAAGAGAGGCAAUAUGUGUUAACAGUCACAGCUUCAGAUGGAACUCUCUUUGACACUGUACAAGUCUUCAUCAAUGUCACAGAUGCCAACACACACCGGCCAGUUUUCCAAAGUUCCCACUACACAGUGAGUGUUAGUGAAGACAAGCCCAUUGGCACAUCCAUUGUAACCAUCAGCGCCACUGAUGAGGAUACUGGGGAGAACUCUAGGAUCACUUAUGUCUUGGAGGACAACAUCCCUCAGUUCUGCAUUGAUCCUGACACAGGCACAAUUACUACAUUGAUGGAGUUAGACUACGAGGACCAAGCUGCUUACACUUUGGCCAUCACAGCCCAUGACAAUGGAAUCCCUCAGAAAUCUGAUACUACCUAUGUGGAGAUUCUUAUCCUGGAUGCCAAUGACAAUGCACCUCGAUUCCUUCGUGACCGUUACCAGGGUGCUGUUUUUGAGGAUGUUCCACUCUCCACCAGUGUUCUGCAGGUGUCUGCUACUGAUCGGGACUCAGGCCAAAAUGGCCGCCUCCUUUAUACCUUCCAGGGUGGUGAUGAUGGUGAUGGAGAUUUUUACAUUGAGGCCACAUCAGGAGUGAUACGGACACUGCGUAAGCUGGAUCGUGAAAAUGUGGCUGUUUACAGCCUGAGGGCUUUUGCUGUGGACCGGGGAAUCCCACCGCUCAAAGCCUCUGUGGAUAUCCAGGUUACAGUGCUAGAUAUCAACGAUAAUCCACCUGUUUUUGAGCGGGAUGAAUUUGAUAUCUUUGUGAAGGAAAACAGCCCUGUUGGUUCCGUUGUGACCCGUAUCAGUGCCAUAGACCCAGAUGAGGGAACUAAUGCGCAGAUCAUGUAUCAGAUUGUGGAGGGGAACAUCCCUGAAGUGUUUCAGCUUGAUCUCCUUAAUGGAGAUCUCACAGCCCUGAUGGAUCUGGAUUAUGAGAGCCAGACAGAAUAUGUAAUUGUGGUGCAAGCUACCUCAGCUCCUCUUGUCAGUCGAGCCACUGUGCAUAUCCGUCUUCUGGAUCAGAAUGACAAUGCCCCUGUGCUACAAGAUUUCCAGAUCCUUUUCAACAAUUAUGUCACUAACAAAUCAAAUAGUUUCCCUUCUGGAGUGAUUGGCAAGAUCCCUGCUCAUGAUCCUGAUGUGUCUGACAAACUUAACUAUACUUUUGUCAAGGGCAAUGAGUUAAAUAUGCUGCUUUUGGACUCCUCUACUGGAGAGCUCAAGCUAAGCCGGGAUCUGGACAAUAACAGACCUUUGGAAGCUAUCAUGGAAGUCUCUGUUUCAGAUGGCAUUCACAGUGUUACAGCGUUUUGUACCUUGCGGGUGACUAUCAUCACGGAUGACAUGCUGACCAACAGUAUCACAGUACGGCUAGAAAACAUGUCUCAAGAGAAGUUUCUCUCUCCACUGCUUGCUCUCUUUGUGGAAGGUGUGGCCACCGUGCUGUCGACAACCAAAGAAGGCAUUUUUGUGUUUAACAUUCAAAACGAUACAGAUGUCAGCUCCAAUAUUCUAAAUGUGACAUUUUCUGCUUUACUUCCUGGUGGCAUUCGAAACAAAUUCUUCCCUUCAGAGGACCUCCAGGAGCAGAUAUACCUUAACAGGACGCUCCUCACAUUGAUUUCAACCCAAAGGGUACUUCCUUUUGAUGACAACAUUUGUCUCCGGGAACCUUGUGAAAACUACAUGAAAUGUGUGUCAGUACUCAAGUUUGACAGUUCUGCCCCCUUCAUCAGUUCCAACACUGUCUUGUUCAGACCCAUACAUCCCAUCAAUGGCUUGAGGUGUCGGUGUCCUCCAGGAUUUACAGGUGACUAUUGUGAAACGGAGAUUGACCUCUGCUACUCCAAUCCUUGUGGAAACAAUGGGCUUUGCCGAAGCCGAGAAGGAGGCUAUACUUGCGAAUGUCACGAAGACUUCACAGGAGAGUUCUGUGAAGUGAAUUCUCGCUCUGGACGCUGCGCUCCAGGGGUGUGCAAGAAUGGAGGCACAUGUGUUAAUCUUCUAAUCGGAGGUUUCAUGUGUGAGUGCCCUCCAGGAGAAUAUGAGAAGCCUUAUUGUGAGAUGACCACAAGAAGUUUUCCUCCCCAGUCCUUCGUUACCUUCAAGGGAUUAAGGCAACGCUUCCAUUUCACUGUCUCUCUCAAGUUUGCAACCAGGGGCAGGAAUGCGUUGCUUCUCUACAAUGGGCGGUUUAAUGAAAAGCAUGAUUUUAUUGCCCUCGAGAUAAUUGAAGAGCAGAUCCAGCUGACGUUCUCUGCAGGAGAAACCACUACAACUGUUUCACCGUUUGUUCCAGGAGGGGUUAGUGAUGGACUAUGGCACACUGUACAAGUGCAGUACUAUAACAAGCCCAACAUAGGAAGACUUGGUAUUCCUCAUGGACCUUCGGGGGAGAAAGUGGCAGUUGUGACGGUGGAUGACUGUGACACAGCAGUGGCUGUGCGCUUUGGAAUCCUUAUUGGAAACUAUUCCUGUGCUGCUCAAGGAACACAGACUGGCUCCAAGAAGUCUUUGGAUCUAACUGGCCCCCUGCUCCUGGGAGGAGUUCCAAAUUUGCCUGAAGAUUUUCCAGUGCACAACAGACAGUUUGUUGGCUGCAUGAGGAACCUCUCCAUCGAUAACAAGCCAAUUGACAUGGCGGGCUACAUAGCAAACAAUGGCACCCUUGCAGGCUGUGCUGCUCAAAAGAAAUACUGCACCACCAACUGGUGUCAGAACGGAGGCAUCUGUGUGAACAAAUGGAAUACCUACUCUUGCGACUGUCCCUUGCGGUAUGGUGGGAAAAACUGUGAGCAAGUGAUGCCUUUCCCCCAGCGUUUCACAGGGGACAGCAUUGUCUUCUGGCAUGAUCUUGAUAUCACUAUUUCUGUGCCAUGGUACAUUGGCCUCAUGUUUAGAACACAGAAAGUUAAUGGCAUAUUGAUGCAAGCAAAGGCAGGAACAUCAUCCAAGAUCAUAAUUCAGAUACUGAACAACUACGUGGUGUUUGACGUUUACGAUGGACUGAAUCAGGUGGCAAGUUUAAAGAUGACUCAAUCCCGAAUCAGUGAUGGAGAAUGGCAUCACUUGUUAGUAGAGCUGAAGAGUACAAAAGAUGGGAAAGACAUUAAGUACCUGGCUGUUGUGUCAUUGGACUAUGGGAUGUACCAGAGUACUGUACAGAUUGGAAAUCAGUUGCCAGGACUGAAAAUUAGAAGUAUUGUUGUGGGAGGACUCUCUGAAGAUAGAGUCUCAGUGCAGCAUGGUUUCUAUGGAUGCCUUCAGGGAGUGAGGAUGGGGGAGACAUCUACAAACGUAGCUACGUUGAACAUGCAUCAAGCUGGCAACAUUAAUGUUAAGGAAGGCUGUGAACUGGACAAUCCCUGUGAUUCUAACCCUUGCCCCCAGCACAGCUUUUGUAGUGACGAUUGGGACAGCUAUUCGUGUGUUUGUGAUCCAGGGUACUUUGGGACAGAUUGCGUUGAUGUGUGCAGCCUGAACCCCUGUGAGCAUGUCUCCACUUGUGUUCAUAAACCAAGCUCUUCUCAUGGAUACACCUGCGAAUGUGGGCAAAACUAUUAUGGCCAAUACUGUGAAAGCAAAAUCGAUUUGCCUUGUCCCAAAGGCUGGUGGGGAAAUCCUGUUUGUGGCCCAUGCAACUGUGAGACUAGUAAGGGAUUUGAUCCUGACUGCAAUAAGACCAAUGGAGAGUGCCAGUGUAAGAAAAACUAUUACAGGCCAGAGAGCAGUGACACGUGUUACUCGUGUGACUGCUUCCCUUCUGGUUCCCACACUCGCAAGUGUGACCUUGAAACAGGGCAGUGCCCCUGUAAACCAGGAGUGAUUGGGCGUCAGUGCAAUCGCUGUGAUAAUCCUUUUGCUGAAGUGACGGCUCAUGGCUGUGAAGUGGUUUACAAUGGAUGUCCCAAAGCAUUUGAGGCUGGCAUUUGGUGGCCGCAAACUAAAUUUGGCCAACCCGCUGCAGUGCCAUGUCCCAAGGGAUCAACAGGGAAUGCUGUUCGCCACUGUAACAGUGAGAAAGGCUGGCUCCCCCCUGAACUUUUAAACUGCACCACCUUUGGCUUCAUGGAGCUUAAAAUAAUGAAUGAAAAACUUCUCCGCAAUGAAACCAACAUGGAUAGUGACAAGUCUGUGCAAAUAGCUAGAGUGCUUCAGAAUGCUACUAACCACACAAAUCCCUUCUACGGGAACGACAUUCGGACUGCCUACCAGAUGAUGAUCCGGGUGCUGCAGUAUGAGAGCCAGCAGCAGGGGUUCGACCUGGCUGCCACAAGGGAUGUGGAGUUCAAUGAGAAUAUCAUAAAAGCUGGCAGUUCCCUUCUGGACCCAAGCACUAAAGAGCAUUGGGAACACAUCCAGAGGACAGAAGGGGGCACAGCACAUCUUUUGAAACACUAUGAGGAGUAUUUCCAUAAUGUGGCAAAGAACAUGAGAAACACCUACAUGAAUCCUUUUGUUACUGUUACCGCAAACAUGAUUAUUGCUGUUGACAUCUUUGAAAAAUCUAAUUUUACGGGAGCUAAAGUGCCACGGUUUGAUGCGAUUAAAGCAGAUUAUCCCAGAGAUCUGGAGUCAUCCGUUUUGUUUCCUGAUACUUUGUUCAGAGCUUCCGAUAGAAAAGUUGGGCCUACCAUGAAGCCUUCCAAGCAUAAAUUGUCUUCUAAGAUGGAAGAUGGGAUUUCAGAUAGUAGCAAUGAACUUUCAAAGAGAAAGCGACGGCACCCGGAGGAGUAUAACCAAUAUGCUGUUGCUGUGGUGAUUAUAUACCGAACACUGGGGCAGCUUCUCCCUGAGAGCUAUGAUCCUGACCGAAGGAGUUUGAGGUUACCCAAUCGGCCCAUCAUUAAUACUCCAAUAAUCAGUGCCAUUGUUUAUAGAGAGGGAGGAACUUCACCCAAUCUACUGGAAAACCCCAUUACCCUUGAGCAUACCAUGCUGGAAACUGAGGAGAGAACAAAACCAGUGUGUGUGUUCUGGAACCACUCGAUUGCUGUUGAAAACACAGGAGGCUGGUCCUCAAAGGGAUGCGAGCUGUUUUCCAGGAACCAUCGCCAUAUCAUUUGCCAGUGCAACCACAUGACCAGUUUUGCUGUCCUAAUGGAUAUUUCAAAGCGCGAAAACGGCGAGGCACUUCCUCUGAAGAUUAUUACCUACACAACCGUCUCCAUCUCACUGGUAGCAUUGCUACUCACUUUUAUUCUCCUGGUUCUGAUCCGGACUCUGCGGUCCAACCUUCACAGCAUCCAUAAAAAUCUGGUGGCCGCCCUGUUCUUCUCAGAACUGGUCUUUCUGAUCGGAAUCAACCAGACAGAUAAUCCGUUUGUGUGCACCGUGAUUGCCAUUCUUUUGCACUACUUCUACAUGAGCACCUUUGCUUGGAUGUUCGUUGAACAACUUCACAUCUACCGCAUGCUGACCGAAGUGAGGAAUAUCAAUUUUGGACACAUGAGAUUCUACUAUGUCAUGGGCUGGGGGAUUCCUGCCAUUAUAACAGGUCUUGCAGUGGGUCUGGAUCCAAAGGGCUAUGGGAAUCCAGAUUUCUGCUGGCUCUCUGUCCAUGAUACCCUCAUCUGGAGUUUUGCUGGGCCCAUCAUUAUUGUGGUGGUGAUCAAUAUCGUAAUCUUCAUACUGGCAGUGAAAGCAUCAUGUAGACGAAGGCAUCGUACACUGGAGAAAACUGGAGUCAUCUCUGUGCUGCGUACAGCUUUCCUCCUGCUUCUUUUGAUAAGUGCCACCUGGUUACUGGGACUGAUGGCAGUAAACAGUGACGUCAUGACAUUCCACUACCUCUUUGCCAUCUUCAGCUGUUUACAGGGGUUGUUCAUAUUUUUCUUCCACUGUAUCUUCAAUAAGGAAGUCAGGAAACAUUUGAAGAAUACUUUCACAGGAAAGAAGCCACUUCCAGAUGAUUCUACGACGACAAGAGCCACAUUAUUAACCCGGUCUCUGAACUGUAAUGAUACGUAUAUAGAGGAGCCAAAUAUGUACCGCACCACUCUUGGGGAAUCCACAGUCUCCCUAGAAAGCACCGUCAGGUCAGCCAAGAGUCACAAUAGCUACCUUGCUUAUAUCCUCAGAGACGAAGCUGCCCAGAAGCUUAGUGUCUCAUCAAGCCAAGCAAGGGCUGGUCAUGCAGAUGGUGAUUCCUCUAUCUUCCACAAAAAGCCCUCAAAAUCCAAUGAUCAUGAUUCCGAUUCUGACAGUGAAUUGUCCCUUGAUGAACAUAGCAGCUCAUAUGCAUCCUCCCACUCAUCGGAUAGUGAAGAUGAUGUUAUUGAAACAGAGAAGAAAUGGAACUCUGGAAAGAACAAUGAUCGGGGUCCCCUGCACAGCACCCCCAAAGUUGAUUCUGUUCCCAACCACGUGAAGCCCUGUUGGCCUUCAGAAGGCAUCACAGCCAGUGAUGGUGAGGACCCAAGCGCCAAGCAAAAGCUCAAAGUGGAGACCAAAGUGAACGUGGAGCUCCACCGGGAAAACCAACCAAACCACAGCAAUGAGGUCCUGCAUGAAAAAGAGAAUGAUGGGCAGCAGAAGGAGAAGAAGCCAUUAGCACAGCAGAACAACCUGCUGCCAGAACAAAGGAAAGGCAUACUGAAAAAUAAAGUCACCUACCCUCCUCCAUUAGUGGACAAAAAUAUGAAGAAUCGGCUACGGGAAAAACUAUCAGAUUGUAAUCAUUCUACUCUCUCAUCCAAAACAACUUCUAUUGGGACAAACAAUGGAGUUCGCUGCAUGUCAGAUUCUGGAGUCACGAUCAAAAACCCAAGACGAGAUCAGCCUCCUGAGCAAAUCAAUGGAUUGGCCAUGAGCAUCCAAGUUGGGACAGUAGUGGCAGAGACCUCCGAUUCUGAAGGCAGUAAUGAAACUUCAAUUUGAAUCAUCAGGAAAUUGUGACGUCCAUUCUACCUUGGGACUACUCCUCUGUGAUGCUGCUUGUAUGGAUCCUCUACAUGUCGGUUUGUUUGUUUUUUUGCUGCGUCAUGAGGAUGCAAGGAUGUUGCACCUGGGGCAAGUUUCUCAUCGUGGCAUACCUGCAAUGGUCCCAGUUUCCUUGAAAGAGUGUGACAGAUUGAUUUACAGCACACUCAAGUGCCUGCCUGUGUAAAUGGUGCCAAAACACACAGAGACAAUGAUGAGGACACCCUACAGGAGAAGAGUUUUGUUUGGAAAAGCAGACAGAGCCAUAGAAAUACUGCAAGGACUGCAGAGUGGACCAGUCCAUACUAAUUAAUGACUUGAUCCUCGCAUCCCAUCAGCAAGCCCAUCUGAAAGAUAGGCUGGGAUUUUGUUCAGAUGACACUGGGAUCACUGAACUCAGGAGAAAGGAGUUAUCACACCAAGUGCCCUUUGAUUCCUUUGCCAGCUUCAGCACCAACUUGUGGUGGACAAUUUGUCUUAAAAUACCAUCAUUUUGAUAUAAAUAUAUAAAUAUAUAUAUAUAUAUGGCUGUAGAUAAUUUUAUAUAUUUUGUAUGGUGAUUCUUAAAAAAAGAAAAGGUUUUGUUUUGUACAUUUCACAUGUAUGCCAAUUUUUUAAAAUUUGAUAGGAGAGAGCAGUUGUGAAAGAGCUUUGAUAUUUUUUAUAUUAAAAAAGAAUAGCACAAGUGUACUUGAACAUUGCAAAUGGGAGACUGAGAAGAAACAAAAGGCAUGAACUAUCUACAUGAAACGCAACAAAGUAAAUGAUGUACAGGGCAAGUGAUGUACAGGGCAGUCUUAAGAAGAGAGAGAGACCCUUCUAAGCCUACUGAAAUCAUUUUAGAAAAGCCUAUUGAUUGACUUUGGGCAUCACUUUGGGUAAGCAAAUAUGGUCUGGAAUAGCUUUAAAUAUUUGAAGGAUACAAAGUUUAUUUUUUAGUCUCAGGCUAAAUAGCCAAACAAAAAUCUGUGAGUGAUUUCUAAGGCAAAUCAUGCUUUUCCAAUUCUUGAUCUGCACGUAGAUAUUUUCUUUUCUUUCUUUUUUUUGCUGUGGAGUUCACAUCCUGUCCACCUGGGUUUUGAAAUUAGUCUUAUUAUAAAUAAAUUAUUUUACAAUGGCAUUUAAUUUUCAAAAUAAAUCUUGCGUAAUGAUGGAUCUUCACCCUUACUGCCAACCAACACAAUGAUUUUUCUGUGGGCGCUCAGUUGUUUUGUUUCUUUCUUAAAGAAGUCUAAGGAUGUUUCAGUAAAUUCCUCAGUGGUUUACCAGCCAUUCACAGAGGUUUUCAAUUCAAUAUAACCUUUUCCUUCCAAGGCAAACACAAAGUUUGACCCAAAUAACUGACAAUGUCUAUUAGCCUUCUCUUUCUGAGCUGUUUACAAAGGAUGCUUGAGAAAUGUAAAUAUUUACUUCUACAGAGGAUGCCUUUUGGUCUGACUAUGAGUCCGUUGGGAUUUUCACCUAUGCAACCCCUUUUGGCAUAAAUUCAGCAAGAUUUAAGCUAGAAAAGCUCUGCUCCAAAUUUUUCCUAGCUAUAAGCUCACUGGGCAAGCCAUUAUCCUUUUAAAUGUGUGCCUUCUCUUUAUACACACACACCCCACACACACACACACUUCAAAUCUGCCGAUAUGAAGGUGACAUUUCUGGCCUAACUUUUAUUAUUCGUCUGUAAAUUGACGAGAUUAAAUUUUUUCCCAUUAGGGAAAGGUACUACAGCAAAGAAUCACUGUGUGUGGAACAGAUCUCUGGGACCCAACCCAUUAUUUUUAAUGCUGUAUAAUUGCUGAAUGUUUGCUUUUGUGAAAACCCCUCUUAGCUCAAAACUGUGUCACUGUAAAACCCUUUGGAGGUGGCGGGUGGCACCACAGCAGCACUGUCCCUGACUGCUUGGGUCUCUGGAUUGAGCUGCCCAGAGCCCCAGACUUCCCAAAAGCAGUGACUAAUGCAAUUGCAGUAUAUGGGAAAUCAUGUGGAUUCGUAGUUUGUACAGUAAUGAACACAGUAUUAUAACCUAUUGUAUCAUAUUUAUAUUGAAUCUCAGACGUCACAUAUUCUUAUUUUGAAAUCAUUACUUCUCAUACCAAACCAGGCUUCAAUUCUGUGUUCAUGAUCCAACCAAAUAAAACUGUUUUAAGUCAUACUUAUUUCCAUUACAGUGUUGCACCUGUACUUAAAUCACUUUCCUCAAAGUCAGUGGAACUUAAAUGUGUUUAUCUUUAAGCCCAACCCAACCACUGGAGUCAGCAUUGAUAAAUUACAUGCAGAUAUCACUUAAAACCCUUUAAAUGAAAAUAUAAUGUAAUUGAUCUUAUUAACAAAAUCAAAUAUGUUUAACUUUUGUAAAAAUCACUUUUUAUCAAAAGCCUUUUAGAUGAGAGAAAGAGUGUGGUUCUUUUUUUUUUUUUUUUGCUUUCAUGCUGUGUGAAUUUUGAUGUAAAAAUGUUCUGGAUGUGUAAUUAUCUACCGAUCACACUCAGUUGUGUGCAUAAUGUUGUUACAACUGUUUUACAUUUGUGUGUAUAUUUUGCCCCAAUAAGAUGUAGUUUUUUAUCAGAACUGUUACUGCAAAACUGUCAGCUGUGAUAACCACAGAAGGGGAAAAAGAACCUAUUUUUUGCAAUUUUUAAAAAAUGUAUGGCAGAAUAGACACUGGAGGAUUUUUUUAAACAAAUGUAUAUUUAUUAAUGAACAAAACACUGGAAUUGAAGCACAGAGGAGAGGAGAACUUAACAAUAAAUUAAGUUUUGAAUUUG